CUAAGAUGCUGGCCGUGGUUGUCAUUCUGUUUGCCCUUUUAUGGAUGCCCUACCGGACUCUUGUGGUCGUCAACUCAUUUCUCUCCAGCCCUUUCCAAGAAAAUUGGUUCUUACUCUUUUGCAGAAUUUGCAUUUAUCUCAACAGUGCCAUCAACCCAGUGAUUUACAACCUCAUGUCUCAGAAAUUCCGAGCAGCCUUCAGGAAACUCUGCAACUGUAAGCAGAAGCCCAUGGAGAAGCCCACUAGCUACAGUGUGGCCCUAAAUUACAGUGUCAUUAAGGAGUCAGACCACUUCAGCACAGAGCAUGAUGAGAUCACUGUCACUGACACGUAUUUGUCUGCCACGAAAGUGACUUUUGAUGACACCUGUUUGGCUUCUGAAAUAACCUUGAGCCAAAGCUGACUCCUGAGUUAGAAGAAAAUGGACCAUAAAGUGAAUCUGUGCAGUUAGCAACCCAAGAGAGGAAAAGGCCGCUACUGAUAUGGGAAGACAGAGCAGAUAGUCUUUUCCAGUACU